AUGUGGUGCUUCUGCUGCAAGUUUGACAGCAUGACAGCUAACGUGGACCAGUGGCGGAGCGUGAACCAACAUGAAGGAUGGGCCAACACAUUAAAGGCUGAACCAAUUGAUGAUACAGAGCAACCGCGAAAACCAUCGUCAGACCAAGAAGAAACGCAGGCGAUCGAGAUGGACCUCCUAGAGCAACCCCUCGAGGCCGUCGCGUUCCGCCUCUACUCCCUCCCCGAGGUCGCCGCCGCAGGCGCUGCGGCGUGGACCUGCCUCGCCGCCGUCCUCGCCGCCGCGGCCGCCGCUGGCGUCUGGCGCCUGCGCUCGUCCACGCCGGCUGAUUUCACCGACGACACGAAGCCCCUGCAGUUGGAUACGUCCAAGCCGCCGAUUUCAUCAUCGGAGAAGAAGAAGAUAUCGCCAGAGGUGCCGACGACAUCAGCGCCGGCGACCUCACCGAAGGAGAGGUACACGGCGUAUUACCAAGGCAGCGGCCGCGUCGGAUGCUGCGGCGCGGAGAGUGACGGCGAGGACGAGGAGCUGGAUCAGCAAGACUACGAUGGCGUGUACGGGCCGUGGGGGAAGCAGAAGGAUCUGUUCGAGUGGGAGGUGGUGAGGUCUAUGGUGCCUGUCGUGGCGACGGCGACCACUGACGUGAUCGGGCGGUACCGGAAGCCCAGAGCGCUCAGCGGCAGCGUCGUGCGGCUGUGGGAUCAAGGUGCUCAGCUGGCCUUAACGGCGGCGAUACCCAGACGGGGGAUUAGAGCAGGCACAGCUUCGAGCUUCUGAUCGUUCCAAAUUCAGGAGUAGCAAUAAAAUGUACUGAUAGUAGCAGCAGCUGGAAUCAAAAUGGUUCAUGUAGCGCGCUUUAGCGGUUGUAAAUCGUAAUAACAUGGAGUACUCCAUUUAAUCUCGCA